GGCUCAUGGCAGCGACGAGGGAGCUCGGAGGCCCGUUGGUCGUCGACGUGAACGAGAACGAGGAGGACAAAGCACGACGACUCAAAUGUGUCUUGGCACUCCGACAAGGUGACGUCAGCGCGGGUCACCAGACCGGGGGGGAUGCCGCUGAGGUCAACGGAACCGACGACAUGCCGGACCUGACGGCGAGGUCACUCCCGGCCACCCUUACCUGCGACGACCACCUCGGUUUGAACGGAACCACUGAGUCACGGUGUGACCAGGCGGUGGUGGGAGGAGGAGGAGUAGAAGGAGGAGGUCCCGGCCUCGCUGCUUCCUGUCCAGCUGUGACAGCAGCGACGUCGCGGCACACCAGGAAGAAUGGGACGAGCGGAGCGGACUUGAUUGGCUCAGUCAACCCGGCGGAGGAGGCAACAGACGGCGACGCUGGGCUACCAUGCUCAGGAACAGGAUUGAGGAAGUCUAUGAGCACGGAACCUCAAGCAGGCAUGCCCAACGGGGAUGUUGAUGGUCCGGAUCAGUGUGGUGGUCCUUUGGACUUGUGUGGUCCACAUAUGGAUCGCUGUGGUCCCCAUGUGGAUCACUGGACACGGACACUAGAAGCGAGAGGAGUCAACGGUGGCUUCCAUGCUUGCAAAGAAGCCCAGUCUGAUGUUUGGAGCUCAGGUGACUGCAGCGUGGGUUUGGCUGGCCUGCCCGCCUCUGUCGACUCCCCAGACCCGAAAUCAAGUGCCAGACCUCUCUCCCCCGGCCCGUCCGCCUCUUCAGGACUGAGCGAGGACAGCUCGCCUUCCGAGGAGGACUCUCCCGGGCCCAGUUUGGUCGUCAGGCCCCGCAGUCUGAGGACUGACCAGAACCUCACAGUGUCCCGCAGCUGUGACGCCACCCCGCUAUCCCCCACCGAUGAAGGGGGGUUCUGUUUUGGGGACGAGGGAGACUUUCGGAACAUUUUUGAAGCAGGUCGCAGGCAGAGUGCACCAGACCAGCUACCGGACCUCAACGUGCAGCUGGACUGUUCUGAGUCCAGACUGACAUCCAAGAAGUUUGGAAUAGCAGAUUUCUUCACCAGGGGCCUGUUUUCUAGGAAAGCCAAAGAGUCCAAGGCGCUGUCCCAUAAUGCAUCGGGCUGGCGACUGUUUGGCAGACCCAGGGAGGAGGAUGCCACCAAAGACUCCGCCCCCUCAUCCACAGAGCAGUGCCCUCUGGCUGCAGGGAGGAGGAAGAACCUGGAGUUUGAGCCUCUGUCCACCACAGCGCUCAUCCUGGAGGACCGGCCGCCGAACCUUCCUGCCAAAUCUGUGGAGGAGACACAAAGACACAAACUGGAGUACGAGGAGAUGGUGGCUGGCGCCAAGAGGCGAGAGCUGAAGGAAGCACAGAAGAAGAAGCGUCAGAUGAAGGAGCGACAUCGCCAUGAGGACAGCAUCUCCAACGCCAUGGUGGUCUGGAACACUCAGAUCCUCCCCCACUGGGACACAAUGAAGGGUACGCGUCGCGUCAGGGAGCUGUGGUGGCAGGGACUUCCUCCUAGCGUCAGAGGUCGCGUGUGGAGCCUCGCCAUCGGCAACGAGCUCAACAUCACAGCAGAACUGUACGACAUCUUCCUGUGUCGCGCCAAAGAGAAGUGGAGGAGCUACAGUGAGACCAGCUCGGUCAACGACAGCGAGAGCGACGGGGGGGCGUCACUGGCCGACAGAGAGUCCAGUCUGGACCUUAUCAAGCUAGACAUCUCCAGAACCUUCCCGUCUCUCUUCAUCUUCCAGAAGGGCGGUCCCUAUCACGACCUCCUCCACAGCGUGCUGGGAGCGUACACCUGCUACCGACCUGACAUUGGAUACGUGCAGGGAAUGUCCUUCAUCGCCGCCGUGCUCAUCCUCAACCUGGAGGAGGCCGAGGCCUUCAUCACCUUCGCCAACCUGCUGAAUAAACCUUGUCAGAUGGCAUUCUUCAGAGUGGACCAUGAGCUGAUGUUGAAAUAUUUCGCCGUAUUCGAGGUCUUCUUUGAGGAGAACCUGCCUCGUCUCUUCAGCCACUUCCAGACCAGCAAGUUGACUCCUGACCUCUACCUGAUUGACUGGAUCUUCACGCUGUACAGCAAGUCUCUCCCGCUGGACGUGGCGUGCCGCGUGUGGGACGUCUUCUGCCGGGACGGCGAGGAAAGUUUGUUCAGGACAGGUUUGGGCAUCCUGCGUCUGUUUGAGGACGUGCUGCUGCAGAUGGACUUCAUCCACAUCGCUCAGUUCCUCAGCCGCCUGCCCGAAGACCUCCAGGCUCACACGCUCUUCGCCGCCAUGGCCAGCACGCACAUGAUCAGCAGGAACCGCCGCUGGGCUCAGGUCUUUUCUUCGCUGCCGACGAGGGAUAAAAGCAAAGAGGCCGACAAGAACGGAAGCCCCGCCCUCAGAAGUUGAUGUGCACACGUGGAGCGUGGCAGGAAGUGACCGCCUGACUCGCGCCUGGUGGGUCAUCCAACUUUCUUUGUGGUGCUCAGACAUCUUUGCUCGCGCGCACUCUUCCACUUAAAUGGAAGGUUUUGUUUUUAUGAGCGUCUUAGUUUAGCUUCACGUCAAGCAGAACCUUUCUGACGUUCCACUCUGUUUCCGCGCCUCGGUCACUCCACAGGGCUGUGGAGCCUCAGUAGAUCCUUUUUUAAAGGGACGGGGCGACGCGCUUUACACUCCUAAGCAGCAGGGGGCAGCAUUCCAGCUAUGAAUGAGGAAAAAAAAAAAAAAACUUCACAGGAAUAUAUGAUUCCUAGAUGAGUCAUUGAUGGAUUGGUGUUACAAAUUGGCUUUUAUUUACACAUUUUAAACAUUGUUUCUUUUCUACGUCAUGUAAAAAUAUGCAUGUGACUUUUAUUGUGAGCAUUUUACUGUACAGUUUUCUUUUUCCUAAUGCCUUACAGGUGAUGUCAAGAUGCUUCUUUUCAUAACAACAGUCGCGAGUAAACAUGUAAAUAAAUACGUCAGCAAAGUGA